CCUGUGAGCGUUCACUGCUGGCUGCAUGCGCAGAGAAGAGGCGGAGACACACAGGGAAAGACCACAGCAACCAAACACUGCUCCUCUUUCAUUCUUACUGGAUAUGUCUUAGUUUUGUUUUCUCUCAUGUGGUAUCAAAGGACGCGCUGGCGGAACCGCCGGCCACACGGACUGGGUUGAGGUGACUUUAGAUGCGCGCGUGUGGUUUUUAUCUUGCGGUCGAUGGCGCAGAUAAAGAGGAUGCGUGAAAGAACUCAGCCCAGCCCAGUUUUCUUCAAUGCGAUUGAACGGAGCUACACAUUUUCGGAUGAAGAUGAAGUCAGCAUGGUCUAAAUGUUGGUUUCAUCUGGACUGUUUUGCAGAGAACCUGAGUCGAUGAAGCAAGUGAACGCAGCACUAUGCUGAUGAUUGAGCACUGUGCUCAAUGAGAGCUAGAAGGAGCACAGCUUCAAUACGAUGGCUGAGGAGACUAACCUAAAGACAGCUAGACUAUGGAGGGAUGCUGCUCUGCGCUCCAGGAAGCUGAGGAGCAAUCUGAGACAACUGACUCUCAGCACCAAAAACAGCCAGAAGAUUACAUUACCCGAGGAUAUAAAGGAAAUAGAGGUGCUCAAUCUGGGCAACAACUCCCUUCAGGAGCUUCCAGAGGGACUGGGCUCAACCCUGACUAAGCUUCGCAUCCUCAUCCUUCGCAGGAAUAAGUUUGCCAUCGUUCCCUCUGCAGUAUUUCAACUUAGUCAGCUGGUUGAGUUGGAUAUCAGUCACAACUGCUUGAACCACUUUUCAGAAGACAUCGAUCUUCUCAAGGGGCUUAAAAAGUUGUGCUUCAGUCAUAACAAAAUACAAUAUUUGCCAUCGCAGAUUGGGACUUUGCAAAGUCUGGAGGAGCUUGACAUCAGCUUCAAUGAGCUGCAUGAUUUCCCCAGGUCUUUUUCACAGCUCAGGAAGCUCAGAACACUUGAUGUGGAUCAUAACAAGCUACAGCGCUUCCCUUCAGAAAUCCUUGCCCUCAGUGAUCUUGAGGAGCUUGACUGCUCUGGAAAUAAACUAGAGGGUCUUCCGGGGAACAUCAUGAUGCUUCAAUCGAUUAAAAUCUUGUGGCUCAGCAGUACCCAUCUUUUGUCCUUACCUGAAACGUUUUGCGAGCUGCAGAACUUGGAGAGCCUCAUGCUCGAUAAUAAUUUCCUCACCAGACUGCCACAAUCAUUCGGGAAACUGCAGAAGCUGAAAAUGCUGAAUCUCUCCUCAAACUCUUUUGAAGAUUUUCCUCAGGUUAUUAUCAAGCUCACUAGGUUGGAGGAGUUGUAUUUAAGCCGGAAUAAACUAACGUUCCUCCCUGAGGAGGUAGGACAGCUGUGCAAUCUUGCUAAUUUGUGGUUGGACAAUAAUAGCAUAACAUUUCUCCCAGACUCCAUUGUAGAGCUUGGGAAAUUGGAGGAGCUGGUUUUACAGGGUAACCAAAUCGCCAUACUCCCAGACAAUUUUGGUAAACUUGCCAAAGUCAACAUUUGGAAGGUGAAGGAUAAUCCACUCAUUCAGCCUCCGUAUGAAGUGUGCAUGAAAGGGAUCCCCUAUAUAGCUGCCUAUCAGAAGGAGCUUGCGCACUCCCAACCUGCUAUAAAACCCAGACUCAAACUGGUUUUGAUGGGCCAGGGAAAUGCAGGGAAAACCACACUCAGGCAGUGUAUUGUCAGCAAACAAUCAGACACCAAGAUGGCGAUUGGAUGUAGGGGUAUUGACGUGACAAACUGGGUCGCAGAUGCAAAACGAAGUCUUACGUUUAUUGUAUAUGAUUUGUCCGGUAAGCAGAACUAUGAUCUUAUUAAACCCUUUUUCCUCUCGCCUGGAGCACUUUAUGUUUUGGUGGUGAACCUGAAAUUGUAUACAUCAAAGAGCUUCUACUCUCAUGUCGGCAGCUUCCUCCACCUGCUCAGUGCCAAGGUGCCACACGCAGUUGUGUGCAUCGUAGGGACCCACAGUGACUUGUGUGAAGAGGUUGAGGUUGAAGAAAAGUGCCUGGAUAUUCAUAGGCAGAUUUCAUUUCAGGAAAAAAUGGACAUUGAUUGCCUACAUGUGCUCGCCCUGCAGGUAGAUGAAGCCCUUGAGCAAGGUUAUGAUGUUCGGACUUCCACCCCCCAUGUUCUUUUUUAUGGGGUCACAGAUAAAAACUUGAGACGUAAAAAGUCUCAGUUGCAAUAUAUGCUCAACAAUCGCCUACAAAUCCUGUCUCCGGUGAUUUGUGUCAGCUGCGUUGCGGCACAAAGGAACAUCCAGCAUUUAAAAGAGAAACUCAUGUCUGUCGCCGACCACAGGGAGAUUUUUCCCAAUCUUCACAGAGUCCUGCCAAAGUCAUGGCAGAUGCUUGAGGAGCUGCAUUUUAAGCCACAGGAUUUAUGGCUUUCCUGGUGGGAUUCUGCCAGGUUGGGCCUUCAAGCUGGGCUGACAGAAGACCGCCUGCAAAGUGCGCUCUCUUACCUGCAUGAGAGUGGUAAACUACUGUACUUUGAAGACAGCACGACGUUGAAGGAAUAUGUCUUCCACAAUCUACCCCGUUUCAUCGCCAUCUUGAAUGUGUUUUUCCAGAGAGACCUACCUGCAAUGCUUGAGAAACUACAGGCUGAAGGAGAUGAUGGAGAUAACGCGGUGUCUACUCAGAUGCACAGUCAUGUGGAGGGUUUUCUGUCACACGGUCUGCUGCCGUCAAAUGUCAUCCGCUUGCUGCUUAAACCCCUGGUGCAGACACAGCAGGACUUGCACCUGAUCAUGGAAUUGCUGGAAAAGAUGGGUGUUUGCUACUGUGUCAACAAACCUCGCUGCAAGCCUCUUAAUGGGGCCACCGUCUGGUAUAAGUUUCCCAGUCAGGACAUCAACGAGGAGCCCAAACCUGAGGCAUCGGGCAGUGGGGGCUUAUCGAUCCCUGGUCAGUUUUUCUCAGUUGAGCAGCUGCAGAUUGAAUACAGGUUUCCUUUCUUCACCCCUCUUGGACUUUUUGCACGGUUUAGCGUGCAAAUCAACAGCCACGUCGUGCAACGGUCUGAUGGAAAGCAUCACAUCUUUGCCUACCGAGGUAAAGUGCCUGUGACUGUGAGUUACCGGUCCUCUCGGAGCAGAUUCCAGCCUGAGAUCCUCUCCAUAUCCAGCCAUGCAUCCUUGCCAAAUAUCUGGACAGCUUGGCAAGCCAUUAUUCCCCUAGUGGAAGAGUUAAACGUUCUUCUGCAGGAAUGGCCUGGCCUUCACUACUCUGUGCAUGUCCUGUGUUCCAAGUGCCUGAAGAGAGGGUCCCCCUAUCCUCAUUCCUUUCCAGGAGAGCUGUUAAGCCAGCCUCGACCUGAGGGACUCACUGAGAUCAUCUGCCCUAAGAACGGCUCCGAGCGGGUCAACGUGGCGCUAGUUUACCCUCCAACCCCGACUGUGAUCAGCCCCAGUCAUAAAUGACUCUUGACUUCACUGCACUUUCCUGUCUCCAAAAACCACUGCACCUCUUUCCCCUUCAUAUUACAUCACACAUGUGCACACACACAGAAAUAUACAUGUGUUUGUGUGCGCAAAAGUUUGACCUCUGCUCUGAUGGACUACUGGAUGUUCCACCAAGAAAGUUCACAAUGGAAGCUUGGCCAUUACAUCAGGACAUACUUGCUAUAGGUAGGAUUUUGUUUUAAGCUACUUAUUUUCUGAUGAAC